AUGUCAAUUACACCUUCUAUUUUGGUUCUUCUUCUAUGCCUUUCUUUCCAUGCAUGUACUGCUAGAAAGCUUGGUGUCAUCAACAAGAAGCCUGAAAACAAGUUUUGGCUUCCCAACAAGAACGGAGAGAAGGUGGGUCUUAUUCAGAUUCCAGCUCCUUUGAUGAACAAGCUUUCCUUGUCAACCAGACUUCAAGUGGCUAAAAACGACAGCAAGCUCAAAGAGAGUAGGGUUGACAACCACAUUGACAAUCCAGCAACUCCAAAGGCAAAUCCAAAAGAUCUGAAAGAUCCAAGAGUAAAAAUUCUCGAUGCUGCUCAAACUGAGUCUCUGGCUACUGUUUCUUGGCGAGUCCCUCACAGGAAACGGAGGGAGAAGCAACCUGGGUUUAACUUGGACUACUCACCACCGAAGACACAUCCUCCUGUUCACAACUGAGUUGAUCUUUUCUUCUUCCUUUUUUGCUCUGAUUUUAGAGGAUUAGAUCGAAAACAAAUCAGUAAUCGAGAAUUUGUAAAGCCUCAUCUUAGGGCUCAUUUCAUGAUCACAGCUGCCUAAUUUAUGUAAACAAUCCUAGGCGCUACUACAUAGAGGAUAAGCUGUUGAGUACUGUGUAUGAUUGGUUGUAUGGGAGAGAUUGAAGUAUGAAGCCAAUUGAUUUAUCUAACAAU